UCAGAGGGUGGUAGGAGUGGUUUACAGUGCUCCACCUGGUAACAGUGCGAAGCCGCCCCGCCCUCAGUGUAAGAUAGACACAAUCAACAUUAACGGUAGUGGAGAUACACCGGGAGAAAACAUGCAGACCGAAGACGCCCGGUACCUGAAGAGGAAGGUGAAAGGAGGGAACAUUGAUGUCCACCCAAGUGAGAAAGCCCUUGUCGUACAUUAUGAAGUGGAAGCUACGAUCCUUGGAGAGAUGGGCGACCCUAUGCUUGGGGAGCGCAAGGAAUGCCAAAAAAUUAUUCGUCUGAAAAGCCUCAAUGCAAAUACAGAUAUAUCCUCCCUUGCAAAAAAAGUUGUUGAAGAAUGUAAGCUUAUUCACUCAUCUAAAUUGCCAGAGAUAGAACAGCUACUUUAUUAUUUGCAGAACCGCAGAGAUGGAUUAAUAAGUAAAGAAAAGAAAGAGAAGAGGUCCAACAAACCAAAGGAUCCUCCUCCAUUUGAAGGAAUGGAGAUUGACGAAGUAGCUAAUAUCAACGACAUGGAUGAGUACAUAGAAUUACUAUAUGAGGAUAUUCCUGAUAAAGUUCGAGGAUCUGCGUUAAUCCUCCAGUUGGCACGCAAUCCUGAUAACUUGGAAGAAUUAUUGCUUAAUGAAACUGCAGUGGGGGCUUUAGCCAGAGUUCUACGUGAGGACUGGAAACACAGUGUGGAACUUGCUACUAACAUCAUUUACAUAUUUUUCUGUUUUUCUAGCUUUACUCAGUUCCAUGGUCUAAUCACCCACUACAAGAUUGGAGCCCUCUGCAUGAAUAUAAUUGAUCAUGAGUUGAAACGUCAUGAACUGUGGCAAGAGGAACUAUCAAAAAAGAAGAGAGCAGUUGAUGAAGAUCCAGAGAAUCAGAUGUAAAAGGAAUAUGAGAAAACCUAUAAAAAAUACCAGGGUCUGCUUGUUAAGCAAGAACAACUUUUACGUGUCGCCCUCUAUCUACUGCUGAAUCUCGCUGAGGACACGCGGACCGAACUGAAGAUGAGAAACAAGAACAUUGUUCAUAUGUUGGUGAAAGCGCUAGAUCGAGACAACUUUGAACUUUUGAUUCUUGUGGUUUCUUUCUUGAAGAAGCUCAGUAUCUUCAUGGAAAACAAGAACGAUAUGGCUGAAAUGGAUAUCAUUGAAAAAUUGGCUAAAAUGGUUCCAUGUGAGCAUGAAGAUUUGCUGAACAUAACUUUACGGCUUCUCCUGAACCUGUCCUUUGACACUGGACUGAGGAACAAGAUGGUACAAGUAGGACUUCUGCCCAAGCUCACUGCUCUUUUAGAUAAUGAAAACUACAAACAAAUAGUGAUGUGUAUUCUUUACCAUAUCAGUAUGGAUGACCGUUUUAAAUCAAUGUUUGCCUAUACAGACACCAUACCCCAGUUAAUGAAGAUGUUGUUUGAAUCUUCUGAUGAGCGGAUUGAUCUAGAACUCAUCUCAUUCUGCAUCAAUCUUUCUGCCAAUAAGAGGAAUUCUCAGAUCAUUUGUGACGGUAAUGGGCUGAAGAUGCUAAUGAAAAAAGCUCUGAAAUUUAAGGACCCAUUGCUAAUGAAGAUGAUUCGAAACAUAUCUCAGCAUGAUGGACAAACCAAAAAUCUAUUUAUAGACUAUGUCGGGGAUUUAGCUGCUCAGAUUUCAAAUGAUGAAGAAGAGGAAUUUGUAAUUGAAUGUCUUGGGACAUUGGCCAACCUCACCAUUAGUGAUCUGGACUGGGAGCUUGUUCUUAAAGAAUAUAACCUUGUCCCAUACCUCAAGGACAAGCUGAAACCAGGGUCGGCAGAAGAUGACUUGGUGCUGGAAGUGGUUAUAAUGAUUGGGACAGUGUCAAUGGACGACUCAUGUGCUGCCUUAUUGGCAAAAUCUGGGAUCAUUCCUGCUCUUAUUGAACUGCUGAAUGCACAACAAGAAGAUGAUGAGUUUGUGUGCCAGAUCGUCUAUGUCUUCUACCAGAUGGUUUUUCACCAGGCGACCAGGGAUGUCAUCAUUAAAGAUACCCAGGCUCCUGCUUACCUGAUAGACCUGAUGCACGAUAAGAACGCAGAGAUACGAAAAGUGUGCGAUAACACACUGGACAUUAUAGCGGAGUAUGACGAGGAAUGUGCAAAAAAGAUACAAAGUGAGAAAUUCCGCUGGCACAAUUCCCAGUGGCUGGAGAUGGUCGAAAAUCGCCAGGUGGAUGAAAAUGAACAAUACAUUUACGGCGAUGAGCCCAUUGAGUCGUUCAUUCAUGAAGGAGAUAUAUUAGAAAGAAAUGAUCUGUACUACAGCGCAGAUGGACUGAUCCCAUCAGAUGCAGCAGUGAGCCCUGAUUUCUUUAACGAUUACCAUCUUCAGAAUGGAGACUUUAUUGGGCAGCACGGCUUUGGCAGCGGAACUGGGAUUGAUGGUUUUGGACAACCUACAGGUAUACCAGGACGACCUACAACAGCUUAUGGCUACCGCCCUGAUGAACCAUAUUACUACGGCUUUGGCGCACGAUAAACCUGAUCUGGAGGCAAAUCCACAUUGAAACUAUAAGAUACUAUUUGCUUGAUACCACGUGGACAGAAGGAUAUUGAUGGACACCUGUCUUUUAGCAUGGCAAUGUUUGAAAAUAUAUAUCCAAGGGGUGCAGUCCCACUAAUUUCUACCUAUAGUGGUAUACGGGCACAUUAACUAAUUUAAUAUGUUCUCUGAUAUGUGUAGAAUACAUUUAAUUGGAUGAACAAGCUUUUAGUGAUCAAAACAUGAUGUGCACUAGAAAACAUUACCUAUUUUCCAACUGCAUGCUAUUAAAUUACAUUUAUUUUCGGGGUUUUUUUAUCAUGUUGCCCUAAAAAUUCUGUUUUAGCGGUACCCAAGCUCAAUGUUUGGGCAAAAGGAUUAGAAACUGGUUUACUGAUCAAUGAAGAACAGAAAAGUUACUGCAAACCACUUUGGUGUAACCACUAUGAAUUUUAUUAUUAUUUAUUUCCCGUAUUACCUAUUUAGUGUAGUUAACCAUCUGAAGUAUGAUAAAAUGUUUAUUAACCUUGAAUAUUUAUUAUAUAUAACAAACUGGGUUUGUUUAUUGUUUGUGCUGAAUAAACACAAAUUAACUGUUUAUUAAAA